UUGAGAUUUGUCGACGUAUCAGCUGAGCACCGACCUGGCCCGAUAAGCUGCGCAAACUAUUAUCUUCCUCUACCAGUCCUGCAAUCCCUGUCUACACCCUCUCAACUGUUUCCCUAAGCCGCAAUGGAGAUAAUAUAGUCUGCCCGCCAUUCCUCCACUUUCCCCGAACUAAUUGUUGAGGUACCCGCCUUUCGCCCUACCUUCAAAUACUUAACGACGGCUGCACCAGAGCACCGAAUUGCCUCCAACCCCGAGACUAUAUCGACAAACCUCAUAACUUAAUAGCGUGCGAAAUGACCGCUACAAUCCGGCAGCUUAGAAAAGCAGCCCGGAUUAUUCUCGUCGGUGCUCCUGGUGUCGGCAAAGGUACGCAAACUGAGCGGCUCCUCGCCAGGUAUCCAGAGCUCGCCUCCAUUAGCUCCGGCGACCUUCUGCGCGAAAAUGUCCGCAGGAAGACCCCUCUAGGCCUUCAAGCAGAAGCCACGAUGCAGUCCGGCAACCUGGUCCCCGAUUCGAUGAUCCUCGACCUCAUAUCCUCUGAAUUCAAAUCACGCGGCUGGCUCUCGUCAGCGCCAAGUUCAUCAAUAUCGCCCUCUGCAUCUUUCAUCUUGGACGGCUUUCCGCGCACCGCGACCCAGGCUUCAAGCCUAGAAACCAUCGUUCCCGUGAACUUCGUCGUCCACCUCGUCACACCUCCUUCCGUCAUUCUCUCUCGGAUCGCGUCGCGCUGGGUACACGAGCCAUCCGGGAGGGUCUACAAUACCGAUUUCAAUGCGCCUAAAGUCCCCGGCAAGGAUGAUGUCACAGGGGAACCUCUGACUCAGAGAGAGGAUGACUCGAUCGAUACGUGGAAGCAGCGAUUGCACAAGUUUGAAGAAACGAGCAAGGCAUUGCUAGAACACUACCAGCGCAAGGGCUGUCUAUGGCGUGUCGAGGGCGACACUAGCGACGAGAUCAGUCCGAAGCUUUUUGCAGAGAUUGAGCGGCAGUUUUGCUAGAGUUUCUCCACCUGAUGGUCUCCCAACCUCACACCCGGUCCUAUAUACCUUCUUGUACUAUAUAUCGGUUAUAUUCUGACUCUAUGCUUGUUGGCGUCGCAUCCCUGCAGUCCUAGAAGGGCAGCAGAUGGGGACACUGCUUUUUUGUACCACUUCUUUACACACAGACACAGUUGGCAUCUUUUCGUGGACGAGUUAAACCUAAUGAUCAGUCUAACGAUGUUAAUGAGUGCCGCAAU